GAUAGAUAGAUAGAUAGAUAGAUAGAUAGAUAGAUAGAUAGAUAGAUAAGCAUGGUAAGUUCUUUGUCCUGGCUUCUCAUCUCAUGCAUUUAGUAUACUCAUCUGUCUGUAAAGUCCGUGUUCAUCCUGUCUUUAACUGUACUUUCCUUGUGGCUCAUCCAGAUCCAGCCACAGUGACUGACUGACUGACUGACUGACUGACUGACUGACUGACAGUAUGUUGGUUUUCUCCUAAGACCAGAAACUUUACAAUGGCAGCAACACUUUGUUGUUACUGUCAUAUUCUCCGAGCUGGACCGGUGCAUGGCACAUAGCAAAUGCUCAAACAUUUAUUGGAUGAAUGCUUCAUAAUCUACUUGGUUUGGGUUCUCCUCUCCCCUCAAUGUUACUUUGGGUUUGUUUGGUAACCAUGGUAAGAUCUUUUAAUACAAAAUGACAUAUUUUAAAUAGUUGUAAUUUGCUUUUAGACAGCAUGUGACAGUAUCUUGGAUGGUAGGACUACACUUGAUAAUGAGAUCGUUCUGUGGUGUGAAGGUGUUUUCCUCUGCUCACUGGCCUCUCCAUUUCACCUUAAUAUUCUCACACACUCUGGAAGAUAGGCAGUUACAAAUCUCUAUUUCUCUUUUAGCCACACGACAGCUCUUUUGAAGUAACAUACUUUGUUAAGAAGUAGUGUCAGAGCCAAAAGUCUUGGAUUUUAGUUCUGCCUCUGUGACUACAGACACUAAAUGAAUUGAUUUCUCCUUUGGUUAAAUGAGACCAACAACUGUCAUUCUACUGUCUUCAUGGAACUGGAGAAUAAUAGAAAGUGUUUGAAGAUGGUUUAUAAACUCUAAAGUGCUAGAAAAGUGGAGAAGUAAGUUCAGAUCAGCUAUAUCUUUUCUCUGUGGUUGAUUAUUUUUAAGUAACAACAGCAUACCAGAUGUGUCAGCUUUGUGGAGUCUGAUGGGCAGGAAGCUCUUUAAUCUGGUUCUGUUUUCCAUCCCUUAAUGCCAUACCCAAGUCUGUGUUCUCCACUUUGUUUCCUUGCUAGGGACCCUGACUCAGGUUUCUUACUCUGGGCUCUGCUGCUAGAGUCUCUCACCACUCCUCAGUUCUCACGGCGCUUCUGCGUGUAUAGACUGCUGUAUACUGCUGCUGCUAAGACUGCUGUAUACUGCUGCUGCUAAGACUGCUGUAUACUGCUGCUGCUAAGACUGCUGUAUACUGCUGCUGCUAAGACUGCUGUAUACUGCUGCUGCUAAGACUGCUAUUAACUGCUGUUCCUGCUGCUGCUCCUGCUCCUGCUGCUGCUGCUCAGAUUGUACCACCUCUGUAAGAGUCUCUGUCAUUUGCCCAUGACAGCAGACAAAAGGGUAUUUUGGGCCUUGGUUUUUGUCCUGGUUUAAACCUCAUAUCUUGUCACUAGUUCUGUAUAUUCAAGUCUCCUGCCUUCACUGGCUUUCCCAAUCUAAUAUGGCAAGAACUAGACCAAGUACCUACACUGAAUUUACACAUUUAAGGCCUCAGCCUGGAAAACCUGCCCCAUCCUUUAGCGGUUUUUUAUUCUUUCAGACUUAGUCCUGGCAUUGUCACCCCAGGGACUUGAAUUCCUCAGUGAGAGUUGCUCCUGUGAUGUUGACUUUUCCCUUAGCACUUUGUGCUUUGGGCUGUUUGCUGUUUUGUUUGGACACAGAGCGUCUUAUUCUGUGAGCUCUUGACGUACUAAGGCUACACCACUGAAGAAAACGAAGCGUUUUUUCUUAGGAAGGUGCAGUGGAUUGAAUAGGAAUCUCCACAGGAUAUGUCUACAUCCCAAACCCUAAACCUGGAAAUGUGACCCUACUUGGAAGAGCAGUCUUUUUGUUGGAAUUUAGCAAUUACUUCCAACAUUACAAUAAUUUGUUAGAACUGCUUGAGGAACUAAGUAGAAGAUCAAAACUGAUGGCUGUGUGUCUGUCACUGUUCUCGUCACUAACCGAAUGCCUGAAACAAUUGGUGUAUGGGAGGAAAGCCUUAUUUUGCCUCAUUGUCCCAGGUGGUUUCAGCACGUUAUGGUGAGGAAGACACAGUGACUGGAACAGAUGGUGGGCUCCUCAUGUCACUCAGACAUGCCAAAGGUCAGAGCUUGGGGCCAGAAGCAAAGAGAACCAACCGUCAAAGCUUCUCCCAUAGCAAGCCACUGUUGUCUUAAAGGUUCUACAACUUCUUAAAAUCGUCAGCAGUUGGGGACCAAGUGAUUCCACACAGGAGCCAAAAGGACCAGGCCAUUCAUAAAUCACACUAAGUCAGAAAGGAUCCAGUUACAGACAAAAUGACUAUUCCCACGCUGCUGCUUUCUCCUUACCGGCGUUUACUAACCCGCCUCUCGAGAGUACCUUCCCCACAGCUCCUUCAUUCAAGUCUUCCUACACUGCACCCCCGAGAUGCUCUGCCGAACUCUUUUGGACACCAUUGUAGUAAGAGGGUGCUACUGUCUGACGGCUUCAGGAGAACAUUAUGUAUCCGGGCAACCUUGAAGGACCACACAGAAGGACUUUCUGAUAAAGAACAAAGAUUUGUGGAUAGACUUUAUAUGGGUUUAGUUCAAGGGCAGAGAGCUUGCCUAGCAGAGGCCAUAACUCUCGUGGAAUCGACUCACACCAGGAAGAAGGAGCUGGCUCAGGUGCUUCUCCAGAGAGUCUUAGCCCACCAGCGAGAACGGGAGCUGCAGAACCACGGAAAGCCCUUCACAUUUCGAGUAGGAUUGUCUGGACCGCCUGGUGCAGGAAAAUCAACCUUCAUAGAAUGUUUUGGGAAAAUGCUGACUGAACGAGGGCACAGAUUAUCUGUGCUAGCCGUGGACCCGUCUUCCUGCACCAGUGGUGGGUCCCUCUUAGGUGAUAAAACACGGAUGACUGAACUGUCAAGAGACAUGAAUGCAUACAUCAGGCCAUCUCCUACCAGUGGGACUCUAGGAGGGGUGACAAGGACCACAAAUGAAGCCAUUGUGCUGUGUGAAGGAGGAGGCUAUGACAUCAUUCUUAUUGAAACUGUAGGUGUGGGGCAGUCGGAGUUUGCUGUUGCUGACAUGGUCGAUAUGUUUGUUUUAUUGCUGCCACCGGCAGGAGGGGAUGAACUGCAGGGCAUCAAACGGGGCAUAAUUGAGAUGGCAGAUUUGGUUGUUAUAACUAAAUCUGAUGGGGACUUGGUCGUGCCAGCCCGAAGGAUCCAAGCAGAGUAUGUGAGCGCACUCAAGUUGCUUCGCAGGCGCUCUGAAGUCUGGAGGCCAAAGGUCGGCUUGCACUCCUUUCUGUGCUCUGCAGUGAUUCGAAUUUCUGCCAGAAGUGGAGAGGGCAUUACUGAGAUGUGGGACAUAAUGAGGGAGUUUCAGCACCGAAUGCUGGCCAGUGGGGAGCUGGCCGCCAAGAGACAGACACAGCACAAAGUCUGGAUGUGGAAUCUCAUUCAGGAAAACGUCUUAGAACACUUCAAGACCCAUCCCAGCAUCCGAGAACAGAUUCCUCUGAUGGAGCGAGAGGUUCUCAGUGGAGCCCUCUCCCCAGGACGAGCAGCAGACUUAUUGUUGAAAGCUUUUAAAAGCAGGCACUAAUAAAUUUAUCCUGUGUGGUCACUUUA